AUGCAGAGAAAAAUUCGUACUAGAAGCACACCAUCAGUUGAACCUCUUCUAUUGGAUCCUGAAGUUGAAAAGACAGCAAGAAGAAACAAUAGCCGAAGAAGGAGAGAAAACAGAACUUCGAGAGACAUUUCUCCCGCACCUGUAAUCUCUGAGCAACCAAACUCUUCCACAGCUAAUCAGGAAAUGGGGGAUAUGGGUGAUGAUAUGAAUGGCAAUGGUGAUAGACAAGCAAGGCGCACCUUGGAAGACUACUCUACUUUCGCAGGACCGCUCCACUUUAAUAGUAUUGCUCGACCACGGGUAAAUGCUGUGAACAUGGAAAUGAAGCCUGCUCUCAUCCAUCUGGUGCAGAGUAAUCAGUUUAAUGGCCUAUCACACGAGAAUCCUUAUAAUCAUUUGGCAACUUUCUUGGAAAUUUGCAACACUGUAAAGAUUCAUCAAGUGCCAGAUGAAGCGAUAAGGCUCAGCUUAUUUCCAUUCUCCUUGGGAGGUAAUGCGAAGAUGUGGCUAAACUCUUUCCCUGAAAAUAGUUUCACUACUUGGGAGGAUGUUGUGGCAAAAUUCCUCAACAAAUUCUUUCCACAGUCCAAGGUUAACAAAGGGAAACAGGAGAUUUCAUCUUUUCAGCAAGAUGUCAAUGAGACUCUGAGUCAAGCCUGGGACAGAUUCAAAGGGCUACUGAGAAAGACACCCACUCAUGGGUUUGAUGAGCCUACUGUUCUCAACAUGUUUUUGGGAGGAUUGAGAUCCCAAACCAAAUUGAUGUUAGAUGCCUCAGCUGGAGGAAAUAUCCGUUGGAAGACACCUGAAGAAGCCCAUGAGCUAAUAGAAAACAUGGCUGCAAAUGAUAGUGAAUUGCAGAAUGAAAGGGCUCAGCAAAAAGGCAUGUUUCAACUACAAUCUCAGGAUGCUCUACUAGCCCAAAACAAGAUAAUGACCCAACAGCUUGAAGCGCUCAUGAACAAACUCUCUCAAUUGCCAAAGGAACUCCAGAAUGUUUCACAAGCCCAACAUCAAGGGUGUGAAUUGUGUGGUGGAGAACAUGCUAAUGGUCAUUGUGCUAUGCAGGUCAAUACCCAAGAAGACGUGAACUAUAUGGGUAAUCAGAACCGUAACAAUCACUAUAAUCAAGGAUGGAGACUGCACCCAAGCAUGGGCCAAGGACAAGCUGGACCUUCAAACAGACCACCUCAACAACAAUACCAACCACACCCCUCUUUAUCAGACAGGACCUCUAAAUUGGAGGACACUCUUCAACAAUUCAUGCAACAAUUGGAGAUAAAAAUACCAUUCUCAGAAGCACUACAACAAAUGCCGGCCUAUGCAAAAUUCAUGAAGGAACUCCUCACUAAAAAGAGGAAAUACAUUGAGGAAGAGACCAUUGAAGUUCAAGAUGAUUUCAAACCAGCAACUCAACCUCAAAGAAGGCUAAAUCCAGUCAUGAAAGAGGAGGUGAGAAAAGAGGUUCUCAAGCUUCUUGAGGUAGGGAUCAUUUAUCCUAUCUCUGAUAGCACAUGGGUAAGUCCUGUGCAAGUGGUCCCGAAGAAGGGCGGCAUGACAGUUAUAUGUAAUGAGAAAAAUGAGCUUAUACCUACACGAACUGUCACUGGUUGGAGAAUGUGCAUUGACUACCGGAAGUUGAAUAAGGCCACAAGAAAAGACCAUUUUCCACUCCCCUUUAUGGAUCAAAUGCUGGAAAGAUUAGCAGGGCAAGCUUUCUACUGCUUUUUGGACGGUUAUUCUGGCUAUAAUCAAAUAGCUGUAGAUCCAAAAGAUCAAGAAAAGACCGCAUUCACGUGCCCCUUCGGUAUAUUCGCUUAUAGAAAGAUGCCUUUUGGGCUUUGCAAUGCCCCUGCCACCUUUCAAAGAUGCAUGCAAGCUAUAUUCUCCGAUCUUGUGGAGAAAUGUAUAGAAGUCUUCAUGGACGACUUCUCAGUGUUUGGAAGCUCAUUUGACUUAUGUCUGGCAAAUUUAGAAACAGUUUUGAAGAGAUGCAUCCAAACCAACCUCAUUCUUAACUGGGAAAAAUGUCACUUCAUGGUGACGGAAGGGAUUGUUCUAGGGCAUAAAAUUUCUUCCAAAGGAAUUGAAGUGGACAUAGCUAAAGUGGAAGUCAUUGAAAAGCUUCCACCACCAACUAAUGUGAAAGGAAUUCGAAGCUUUCUUGGGCAUGCUGGCUUUUAUAGAAGAUUCAUUCAAGAUUUCUCCAAGAUUGCUAAGCCCUUAAGCAAUCUCCUUGUAAAAGAUACACCAUUUGAACUGAAUGAGGAAUGCUUGAAGGCAUUUGAAGCAUUGAAAGCCAAGCUAAUUUCCGCUCCGGUGAUCAUAUCUCCUGAUUGGAACAAAGAUUUUGAAUUAAUGUGUGAUGCUAGUGACUAUGCUAUUGGUGCAGUGCUUGGACAGAGAAGAGAGAAAGUGUUCCACACAAUCUACUAUGCAAGCAAGGUCUUGAAUGGAGCUCAACUAAAGUAUGCAACCACGGAAAAGGAAUUUCUUGCCAUAGUGUAUGCAUUAGAGAAAUUCAGACCCUAUCUCAUAGGUUCAAAGGUAAUUAUUUACACUGAUCAUGCUGCUAUCAAGUAUUUGCUUACCAAGCCUGAUUCCAAACCAAGAUUGAUAAGAUGGGUUCUUAUGUUGCAAGAAUUUGAUUUGGAGAUCAGAGAUAAGAAAGGAAGCGAAAAUGUCAUUGCUGACCAUCUCUCAAGACUUGUCAAUGAUGAAGUUACAACUAAAGAGAGAGAAAUCCGUGAAGAGUUUUAUGAUGAGAACUUGAUGAUGGUCCAACAAAGGCCCUGGUUUGCUGACAUAGCUAAUUUCAAAGCUGCGGGAAUCCUUCCAGAUGAUCUUUCAUGGCAACAAAAGAAGAAAUUCUUAAAUGAUGCUAAGCAGUUUGUUUGGGAUGACCCCUAUUUAUUCAAACUAGGAGCUGACAAUCUCUUGAGGCGGUGUGUACUAAAAAACUAUGAGGUGAAACAUAAAGUUGCUUCCCCAUAUCAUCCUCAAACCAAUGGGCAAGCGGAAGUAUCAAACAGAGAAAUCAAGAGGAUUCUAGAGAAAACUGUUUCUUCUUCCAAGAAGGAUUGGUCAUUAAAACUGGAUGAUGCUCUGUGGGCCUACAGGACUGCAAUGAAAACACCUGUUGGGAUGACUCCCUUUCAACUAGUCUAUGGCAAAUCUUGUCAUUUACCGGUGGAGAUGGAGCACAAAGCUUAUUGGGCCCUGAAGUUCUUGAACUUUGACUCUACCUUGUCUGCAGAAAAGAGAAAGUUGCAAUUACAGGAGUUGGAGGAAAUGAGAUUGACAGCUUAUGAUAACUCCAAGAAUUACAAAGAGAAGGUUAAGUUGUAUCAUGACAAAAAGCUCUUAAAGAGAGAGUUUCAACCUGGCCAACAAGUUUUACUCUUCAAUUCCAGAUUCAAGAUUCUUCAAGGCAAAUUGAAAUCAAAGUGGUCUGGACCGUUCAUCAUAAAGGAGGUAAAGCCCCAUGGGGCUAUUGAGUUGGUUAACCCUGCAGCAGAUGAUCCAAACAAAAGUUGGGUGGUAAAUGGACAGAGGCUGAAACAGUACCUAGGCGGUGAGAUUCAGCGUCUCACAACAAUCAUUCACCUCUCAGAUCCAUGA